GGACAGCGUCAUCUCCUGACGGAUCGGCGGACUCGCUGGCGAGCAGACCGGAGGCAUGGCGGCGGACGUGGUGGUGGGGACGCUCUACAAGCUGCUGCUCCCUCUGCUGCUGCUCGCAGCCAUUUCCUUCAGAUACAAUGGGCUGUCUGUGGUCUACCUCCUCUUCCUCCUCAUUCUUCCUCUUCUCCCAGAUCCCUCCAUAGCCUCCAUGAACGGCAAAACGGGGAAGUUUCUGCUUUUUAUCUGCUGCACGAGCGUCAUGUUCCUGGCCUUACAGUGCGGCCUGCAGAUCACCUUCGCCUACGUGGAUGUGCAAGUGAGCGGAUUCUGGGAAGAUGUGUUCUACUGUUUGGGGGUUGUGAGAUUCAGCGCGGUGGACGCGGGAAACAUCGCUCGCCUGCUCGCCCCGGACAUCGGGCUCUUCCUGUCUUCGCUCUUCAUCUACCGGCUCUGCAGGAGGCUGCUCCGGCCGCAGGUCCAGGCGGUGCCGCAGAACUGCAUCGCGAACUCUGACCCCGAGCAGGACCUGGAGCAGUCGGACUCGGACUCGGACGUGGGCAGCGAUGGCUCUGAGGACCAGUCCUUUGACAGCUCGUAUGAGACCAGUGGCACGCCCCGGGCCCCCCCGCGCUUCGUUCAGAAGCUGAUGGUGUUCGCCGCGGGUCUGCGCCUCCUGCUGGCCACCAUGCUCAACACCGCCGGCAAAGUGGUCAUCACCAUCCUCCUGGGCCUAGCAGGCAUCUCGCUGCCCUCCCUCACCUCGGCGCUGUAUUUCGGGACCUUCCUGUUCCUGGUUUGGUGGUGGGUGUGCGGCCGCUCCCUAAGCCUGCUGGUCUUCAGUACGCUGUGUGUGCUGAUGGCCAUAUUCAGCGCCGGGCACAUCCUCCUGCUCUACCUGUACCAGCUGCCCCUGUCCCAGGAGCUGGUGCCCCCGCGGGACGUCUACGCCAGGCUCUUCGGAAUGACGGCCUUCAUCCGGACCAACAGCUCCGACCCACACCGCCUGGGCCUGCAUCCGGACGCCACCUGGCCCGUGUUUGUCAGCCCCCUGGUGGUGCUCAUGCUAUACUACACCCUGGUGGCCAUGCUGCACAAGUGGGUCCACGUAGUGGAAGAGGACACGCCCAAACACAGACCCUGCAUCUCAGAUGAGCCCCCGGGUCUCGGGGGGGUGCUGUGGCUCGCAGGGGACAAGGCCAAGCUGCUAGCCAGUAUGGACGAGGACGAAACUAGCCUUUCAGACGAGCCAAUGGUGAUGCUGUUGAACAACUCGUGGCAAGAACCCGGCGAACAGGAAGUGAUGUCAGCCAUGGACAGGACGUGCUACUCCCUGCCAGUCUACGGAAGACAGCAGUCUCACACACCCGAUUCUCAGGAGGAAAAGAGCUUUGGGGAGGGGCUUACGACCGGUGUCACCGAGACCGAGCCCAGCCCGGCCGGGCCCAGUGGGCUGGUUCUGUUUGGGCAGAUGGUGAUGAAGCACAGCUACAUCAGCGCUCUCAUUGUGAUGAUGAUAUGGAGCAUCACGUAUAACAGCUGGCUGACCUUUGCCCUCCUGGUGUGGUCGUGUGUGAUCUGGAUCAUGCGGGACCGGCGACGCUACGCCAUGUUGAGCGCCCCCAUCCUGUCGGUGUACGGUACUGCGCUGGUGGUGAGCGCGUUCGUCAGCGGGCUGCGGCUGAGCCGCGCCGAGCUCUACCCCGGCUUCCCCGCCGCCGUGCUCAACGACUUCGACCUGCGCAGCUACCACGCGCCCUGCCUGCACCUGGGGGCCAAGGUCUGCUACGCCUUCAGCUUCUGGUUGCUACAGCGACAGAACCUGAAGGAGAAAAAGGAAGCACAGAUGCUUAAACAGGAAGCACUAGAGGAGGUCAAAGUUCAGCCGUCAGUGGAGAGCGAGGCCUCCCCUCUGAUGACCCUGGUGGGCGCGCUGGUGAAGGGCACCCUGGUUAAAUACUGGAUCCUCUUCUGCUGCGCAAUGUUCUUCGUGGUCAGCUUCUCCGGGAAGGUCAUGGUCUACAAAAUCCUCUACAUCAUGCUCUUCCUCCUCUGCCUCGUCCUCUAUCAGGUGCGCUACGACGUGUGGAGGAGGAUGCUGAAGUACUUCUGGGCCGUGGUGGUCGGGUACUCCAUGGUGGUCCUCAUCUUCAUCUACAUGUACCAGUUCAACAGCGUGUCUGGAAUGUUCCAGCAGAUCAUCGGCAUGUCGGAGGAGGGCUUGCGGGACCUGGGCCUGGAGCAGUAUGACACAGUGGAGCUGUUUGCGCGGAUCCUGCUGCCCGCCAUGUUCCUGCUGGCCUGCAUUCUGCAGCUGCACUACUUCAACACCGACUUCCUGGAGCUCACCGACCUGGACAACAUACCUGUGCGGCAGGGCGGGUCCAGCGAGGAGGACCUGAGAAACUCGGUGAAUGUGAUCUCUGAAGUCAUUAAAGAAAAUGUUGAAAAACUUCAGAAACGGCUGCUUAAGGAGCAGAUGGGUGCUGACAGUAUGGACACUCUGAACAGCAUGUCAACCUGCGGAGAAAAGGAUCCUGGGAAAUCUGAUGAUAAGCAGUCAGUUGAGGAGCCAGCGAGCCGGUGGGGGCUGGUGGUGGACAGGGCCAGUGUGCUGCUGCUGCAGGCCCUGCUGCUGGUGCAGAGGCUGCAGGUGUUGGGCUGGAGGCUUCUGGAGAUCCACAGCAUGAAGAUCGUCUCCAGCUGCAUCAUCUGGGUCUCUCUGCGGGAGGUGUCCCUGAUGAAUUACCUCUUCCUGGUUCUCUGGUCCUUCGCCCUGCCCAUCUCCCGGCUCCGCCCCCUGGCCUCCAGUGUGUCCUCGGUCUGGGCGUGCGUGAUGGUCGUCUGCAAAAUGAUGUACCAGCUGAAAGUCAUCAAACCGGAGGAAUACUCUUCAAACUGCACCGAGCGCCUGCUGUCUGUGAACGGAACAGCGCCCCCCAGAGGGAACAUGGCGGAGCUGCUGAGGAAGUCUCUCCUGUACGUGGAGCCCGUGGACCCCGCCGCGUGGUGCGGAGCUCUGAAGAAGUGUGAGGACAGCAUCCUGCCCUGCCUGCAGAACCACUUGGCGGUGCUGGGUCUGCUGGUGUUCGAGGUGACGGUGCACAGACACCAGCUGUACUACCGAUGGCAGAACGGACUAAAGACCCCCCUCACCAGCACCAUCUUCCACAGCAUCACCCGCCAGCACCUGGACCUGGGUCUGCUGCCCUGCAUCAAGUACUUCAUCAACUACUUCUUCUACAAGUUCGGCCUGGAGGUGUGCUUUGUGGUGGCGGUGAACGUGAUUGGCCAGCGGAUGGACCUGUACGCCCUCCUGCACUCCUGCGCUCUGCUGGCGGUCAUCUUCCGUCGCCGCAGGAAGUCCAUCGGGGAGGUGUGGCCUAAGUACUGCAUCUUCACCGCCAGCCUGAUGGUGUUCCAGUACCUGCUCUGCAUCGGGGUCCCGCCCGCUCUGUGCCACGAUUAUCCAUGGAGAGCAUCCAGCCAGCCUCUCACCUCUAACCUCAUCAAGUGGCUCUACCUGCCUGACUUUGCCAUGCGACCAAACCCUGUUUUCAUCAUCUAUGACCACUUCCUGUUGCUGUGCUGCUCGCUGCAGUGGCAGGUGUUCGAGGACGAGAACCGGGCGGCUGUGCGUCUGAUGGCCGGGGAGAACGUGGAGAUCAGCCGCACGCUGGACUCCGGCACCAUCAGCCAGUUCAUCCCCGUCAACAACUUCCUGCACUGCAGGUCUUACCUGGACAUGGUGAAGGUGUUUGUGUUCAGCUACCUGUUCUGGCUGGUGCUGUGCCUGAUCUUCAUCACGGGGACUACGCGCAUUAACGUGUUCUGCAUGGGCUACCUGGUGGCCUGCUUCUACUUCAUGCUGUUCGGCGGGAGCCUGCUCAUGCAGCCCGUCUGCUACGUCCUGCGCCUCUGGGAGUGGCUCAUCGCCUACACCUGCGUGGUCAUCGCCCUCAAGAACCUGCUGUCUCUGGGAUCCUGUGCGUAUCUGCACAGUCUAUUGAAGAACGCCUGCUGGCUGAUACAGACGUUCAGCAUGUUUUGCACGAUCAAAGGAUACGAUCUUCCGCCCCCUGAUGACAAGUGCGAGCUGCCAGAGGGCGAGGCUGGCAUCGUCUGGGACGCCAUCUGCUUCACCUUCCUCCUGGCGCAACGCAGAGUCUUCCUCAGCUAUUAUUUCCUCUACGUGGUGUCCGACCUCAAGGCCGCCAAGAUCUUAGCCUCCAGGGGUGCAGAACUGUUUGAAGCCAAGCUGAAGAAGAGCGUGUCAGCCCGACUGGAAAUGGAGAAGAAGUCUGUGGAGACUCUGAAGAAGCAGAUGGAGAAAAUUAAGUCCAAAGAGAAGAAUCUGCCGGGACAAGGAGACCCCGCAAUUCAGAGAGAUGCAGAACCAAAAGGAGGCGAGAGUGAGCCGGGACAGGAAGGCGGUGAAAACCAGUGGUGGCGGCCGUGGGUCUCCCAGCCCUCCAAGACCACCAACGAAUACUACCUGUUCGAGAGUGACAGCGAGGAAGAGGAGGAGGAGACUCAGGAGAAGAAGGAGGAGGAAGCCCUGCCCAAGAAGAAAUCUGCAUUUCAGCUGGCUUACGAGGCCUGGGUCACCAGCUCCAAAGCUGCCCUGAAAGACCACAAGAAGAAGGAGACGGCGAUGAAGAAAGAGGAGAGGAGGAGAGCCAGACACGAGCUACAGGCACAGCAGGGGAUAGUUCGGACUGAUUCCAGUGAAGAUGAACUGGAUAUCACCAGUGCUGAGGAGGAAGAAGAGGCGGAGAAAGAGCACAUCUUGCGUCGCUGCAUCGACACGCUCCGCCUGGGCUGGGUGGUCAUCCUCGCUCUGCUGGACGACCUCACCGACGGGCUCAACUCCUUCUGCAAGGACAACCUGGACAUCUCCAACGUGCUGCGCUUCGAGCGGGCCCUGCUCAGCCAGCAGCAGAAAAAGGGGAAGGAAGUGACACAGCAAAGCAUCAAGCAGUUUUACCAGAGCCGCAUGUCCAGGCAGAAUACACUGACAUCACUGGACGGACACGAGGAGGGGGAGGAGCUGAUACUGGACCCGCCCCCUUGCUCACCCCCGGCUGUGCCAGGCUCUCCGCGGGGCUACGUCAAGCUGACCAGCGCCAGCUUCAAAGGGUCCUGGGCCAGCAGCGUGUCCAGCUGCAUGACGGAGGAGACCAUGCUGGGGUCCCGCCAGCCUACUCAGGAGGAACUGGACGACCCCCCCGCCCCCGCCCCCACCCCCACCCUGCCAGCUCCUGUGCAGCUCCGCCGCAGACUCCUCAAAUCCACCAACAUAGACCUGCCCUCCUUCGACAGCGAGAGUCCUGCUGAGGGAGCUCAGCCUGACACUACUCAAGACUGGAAGGACAAAGAGACCCAGCCCACACAGGUGGAGGGUCUGGAGGUGGAGCCCACACAGGUGGAGGUGAUAGAGGCAGAGUCCAGACAGGUGGAGGGUCUGGAGGUGGAACCCACACAGGUGGAGGUGAUAGAGGCAGAGUCCAGACAGGUGGAGGGUCUGGAGGUGGAACCCACACAGGUGGAGGUGAUAGAGGCAGAGUCCAGACAGGUGGAGGGUCUGGAGGUGGAACCCACACAGGUGGAGGUGAUAGAGGCAGAGUCCAGACAGGUGGAGGUGUUGGAGGUGGAACUCUCACAGGUGGAAGUGUUGGAGGUGGAACUCCCACAGGUGGAGGGGAUAGAGGAGAAUGUUGGAGGUGAACCCCAGGAUCUCACACCUCUACAGCGGCAGGAGACCGAUGAGACGGGGGACCCCCCCACCCCACGCGCCCUGAAUCCAGAGAUGAGAGCCAUGACCGCCAGCGAGCUGCUUCUCAACAAAAUGUUUGAUAAUGAGGAGAUUGAGGAGUCUGACAAGUUCUACCUGACCUUGCCCAAGCACCUGCGGCUGGGCUUUGCCCUCUACCACACCAUGGUGUCCAAGUCCGAGAUGCUCUGCUACUUCGUCAUCAUUCUCAACCACAUGGUGUCUGCCUCCCUGCUGUCGCUGGUGCUGCCCAUCCUCAUCUUCCUCUGGGCAAUGAUGUCCGUGCCACGCCCAACCAAACGCUUCUGGAUGACCGCCAUCAUCUACACCGAGCUCACUGUGGUGGUGAAGUACUGCUUCCAGUUUGGGUUUUUCCCGUGGACCACCUCUGCGUACCGCGGCAUCAACGCUGACCGGCCCUUCGCCCUGCCCAACAUCGUGGGCGUGGAGAAGAAGAACGGCUACGUGCUGUUUGACCUCCUGCAGCUGCUGGCUCUGUUCUUCCACCGCUCUAUCCUGAAGUGCCACGGCCUUUGGGACAACAAGGAGGUGGAGAUACCGGACUUUUUCAAGAAGCUGAAGAAGAAGACACAGCGGAAGAAGGGGGGCGGUGGGGGCGCGGUCGGGGGAGGGGGGGAGAGGGCACGGUCGGGGGAACCGACGCGGAGGCUCCGGUUUCUUCCCCUGCAGCGCUCCACGGGAUCCCUCUUCCACCGGGCGACCAAUAGCAACAGCACUGACGAGAACGUGGACCAGAAGAAGCGGCGUCCGAAGAGGAGCAGACGGCCGUCCAGAGGGCCGCAGACCCGGUCCGAGCACAUGAAGCUCAAACUGAGGGCGAAGAUGCUGGAGGUGAAGACUGCACUCAUAGAAAUAGGCCUGCACAUAUAUCUACCCAUCAGGCAAUUCUUCUAUGACAUCAUCCACCCCGACUACAGCCCCGUGUGUGACGUCUACGCGCUCAUGUUCUUGGUCGAUGUUGUGAACUUCAUCGUUAUCAUCUUCGGGUACUGGGCCUUUGGAAAGCACAGCGCAGCGGCGGACAUCACGGAGUCGCUGUCAGAGGACCAGGUUCCCGAGGCCUUCCUGGUGAUGCUGCUGAUCCAGUUCGGCACCAUGGUGGUGGACCGGGCCCUGUACCUCCGGAAGACUCUGCUGGGAAAGUGUGUCUUCCAGGUCGUGCUGGUGUUCGGGAUCCACUUCUGGAUGUUCUUCAUACUUCCUGGGGUCACAGAGAGGAGGUUCAACAGGAACCAGGUUGCCCAGCUGUGGUACUUUGUGAAGUGCAUCUACUUUGGCCUCUCGGCCUACCAGAUCAAGUGCGGCUACCCCAACCGCGUCCUGGGAAACUUCCUGACCAAGAACUACAACUACCUCAACCUCUUCCUGUUCCAAGGGUUUCGGAUGGUCCCCUUCCUGACUGAGCUGAGGGCGGUGAUGGACUGGGUGUGGACGGACACCACCCUCAGCCUGUCCAGCUGGAUCUGUGUAGAGGACAUCUACGCCAACAUCUUCAUCCUCAAGUGCUGGAGGGAGUCUGAGAAGAAAUACCCCCACCCCCCAGGGCAGAAGAAGAAGAAGGUGGUGAAGUACGGCAUGGGGGGCAUCAUCAUAUUCGGCCUCAUCUGCCUGGUGUGGUUCCCGCUCCUCUUCAUGUCAUUGGUGAAGUCAGUGGCUGGAGUGACCAAUCAGCCGCUUGACGUCUCCAUACAGCUUAGCAUAGCAGGAUAUGAGCCCCUCUUCACCAUGAGCGCCCAGGAGCAGAACCUGAUGCUCUUCUCUGAAUCUGCCUACAGACACCUGACCGACCGCUACGCUACCCACCCGUCGGCCAUGCAGUUCAUCGUGAACUACGUGGCGGAGGACAUUGUGAUCGCUCGGGUGAAGAGCGACGCCAGCCUGCUCUGGAGCAUCAGCCCGGCCAGCCGCGCCGCCAUGAUCCAGGAGCUCAGCAACUCCUCCCACAUCUACAUGACCCUGCGCUGGACCCUGCUCAGGAACGCCUCCCUGGUGAUGAACGUGGAGGCGGUGGGGGAGCACACAGUGAAGUAUGAUGACAGGAAGCUGAAGGACGAGAUUGUGCAGAUGCUGCAGGGAACCCGCAGUGAGCCAGUGUUCAUCGACGCCCUGCUGCCCAAGUACAUCCGGGGGUCACAGGGGGCGGAGUCCAAGAUCGCGCACAGGCUGAAAGUCGAGUACCCGGACCGUGCGAAGACCCAGCAGACGCUCGCGCUGUUCCGCCCGCUGUCCAUCCGGCUCCGCCAGGCCAACGUGAGCAUGGCGGGCGUGGGGGGCGACCGGGCGCUGGUGCCGCAGUGGUGGGUGGUGGAGGAGUGCCAGCCCGGCCGGCCGCUGGCACCGUGCCACAGCAUCGAGAUGGUGGUGUUCAACGACAAGGUCAGCCCCUCCAGUCUGGGCUUCCUGGCAGGAUACGGCAUCGUGGGCCUGUACAUGUCGGUGGUGCUGGUGAUCGGGAAGUUCGUGCGGGAGUUCUUUAACGGGAUCUCGCGCUCCAUCAUGUUCGAGGACCUGCCGUGCGUGGACCGCGUGCUGAAGCUCUGCACCGACAUCUUCGUGGUGCGGGAGACGGGCGAGAUGGAGCUGGAGGAGCAGCUCUUCGCCAAGCUCAUCUUCCUCUACCGCUCCCCCGAGACCAUGAUCAAAAUGACCCGGGAGAAGAAGACAGACUGACCCCUGCUGGACGGGAGGACCACCCACACCCUGCAGAACCGGUCUGUAAACUGACGGGAUCUGGCCGUACAGUGACCUGUCUAAUGGGUACAUUGACGCACAAAAGAGACGGUCCUCACACUAGCCCGGGACGGGGACAGGGACGGCCAUCUGAGAGGGAUAUGCCCUAUCCCAAGCUGACCAGAACAACAAGGUUACAGAAACACAAGCCUGUCUGUAUAUCCUGACCUUGACUCCCUUGGAUCUGAUUGGCCGUCCUCACGUUCUAGCCCCUCCCACUCCAGACCGCAGAGCACAGGAAGUCCCCACUGCGUCAGACCUGCAUGUGAAGCAAAGGGAACUGCUGCACUGACUCUGCGCAUUAAACGGAUGCAAACUCCUUCCAAAUAAGUUUGUUGUGAAACGUUUCACGGCGCCUGUUGGGUUCGUACCGGAAGAUGACCCAAUUUCUACAGCAUGCUCAUCUUUUUACAUCACAGGUUUUUUAUUAUUAUUAUCAUUAUUAUUAUUAUUUAUUAAACACACUAAUUUCAAAAGCCAUACUGGUGGCACACUGCCCGAAAGUUCAAUGUCAGGUCUAGAAAACCUCAACGUGUGAACUUCUUUUCUUCUCCGAAAGGCCUAAUAUGGUAUUUCUCAUAUGUUCUAUUAUCAUGUGAUUUUACUGUCAUUUACUGGAUCAAUGGUACAGAAUAACGAAAUGGCGAAUAUGACAGACUGUUGCCUUUGCCGAUUGUACACCUUAGUGAGCGGCGUCUCCUCUUAGAAGCCUGUAGUUCAUUUUACUGCUGCAACACGUGAAUAAACCAUUUCUGACAUACACACUGAAA